CUUGAAGCGUCUUCCGCCGGCACUAUUGCUCUCUCCAGAUAAUGUACCCUUAGAAAGGGGCAUAAUCACCGGGUCUCAGACCGUCAACCUUCACCAAACCCAGGCCCGACACGCCCGACCCCAGACCAAGUCCAGCCACCCACGAUAGGACGCGCGAGGUUGUACAUGGCCACGAGCCGCCAAACAUAUCGAUAACCAUCUCCCGCUUCCCCGACCGCAGCGCCGCCAGGUUGACCUCCGCAAUGGGAUCAUCAGCAACCUUGGCUCCGACCCAAUCCACGUCACAGAGGACACGUCCCACCAGCAGAACCCUCGUCAAUGAGCGCCGCCCAACCAAUGUCCAGGUGACAACACGCGAACCUACCAUGGCUCGAUCCGGCAGAAACGCCGACCCCCUCAGCGCUGGUAGCGACAACCUCAAGUCCAGAUCGCGGAAUGUCGAGUCGAGGGCCACAAGAGGAGACAGCCGCGCUGCUGAACAACCACCACCAGCCCCUUGGGUACCCGCCGCAUCCCUACUGCCUCACACUUCAGCCCCUUUAGCUUCGCGAGUCUCGAUACCGCCAGUUGCUUCGUCCGCACCUCAGGCACUACAGCCGCGACCUCUGGCGGAGCUCUCUCUCAAUGCGCAAGAGGCUGCGAUCAUCGAGGACCUGCUCUUCGUGUUUAUGGGCUUUGAGGGACAGUACAUCCGAUUUGCAAAAGGCUAUAAUCCCUACGAGGAACGAGACCGCUUGUCUGGGCCACAAUGGCGCAUCCUAUCUGGGCUGGAUCCCAGCUUGCUGGACCUUACACAAUCCAUGCUGCGCAUGGCUUCCCACUACACGGCGCUUGAGACGUUUGUCGAUGUCCAGAGUCGUGAAGAAUUUGGCGCCGUCAACCACGCCUUGUGCGCCUCGAUACGGAGAUAUUUGCAGGAGUAUCUGGUCAUGGUUGUCCAGCUGGAAACACAGUUUCUCAAUGACAAAAACUUCACAUUACAACAGCUCCACGUCCACAUCCUUCCUAGCAGCCAUCUGAUGGCUCAAAUGUAUGGGCUGGCGUUAGAGCUACUAAAGCGGAAUGCGCUUCUGGACGACGAUACGGAUGAAUCGAGCGAUAGUUCCGACGACGACUUCGAUCACAUUAUCGAGCAGUUGAGAGAUGGCGGCGAUCUUGUGCCGGGGAACAUGACGGGAAAGAAGAUAUGCAAGGGAGGUGUGGUAUUGGGCCUGAUAACCAAGAGACUGGAGUCGCUAUCUGGAGAUCCGUCCGCACGGGUUUUGCUCACAACGCUGUUACGGGACGCAAGCCGACCAUACAUGGCAAUGUUGAACGAGUGGUUGCACCAUGGAAGCAUCAACGACCCACAUUCCGAGUUUCUGAUCAAAGAACAAAAGAGUAUCCGCAGGGAACGAUUAGAGCAGGAUUAUACCGACGAAUACUGGGAGAGGCGAUAUACGAUCCGAGAUCACGACGUGCCACCUCAGCUGGAGGCCGUCAAGGACAAGGUUUUGCUUGCUGGUAAAUACCUGAACGUUGUUCGAGAGUGCGGAGGCGUCGAUGUUAGUCGCAAGAUGCAAGACGUACCAAACUCGUUUGACGACAAUAGGUUUCUGGAGAACGUCAGCAGCGCCUACGCUCAUGCGAACGGAUCGCUAAUGCAGUUGCUUCUGACUACACACGAGCUGCCGGCGAGACUCAGAUCGUUGAAGCACUACUUUUUCCUUGACCCAUCGGAUUAUUUCAACUACUUCCUGGAACUAGGAACGUCCGAACUACGAAAGCCCGUCAAGGUGGUGAACACUGGCAAGCUACAGUCUCUGCUCGAUUUGGUCCUACGACAACCGGGAAGCAUAGUCUGUCUUGACAAGUUCAAAGAGGAUGUCAAGGUGGAGAUGAACGAAAUCACGCUGCUCAAGUCACUUCAGCGUGUCGUCAACAUUACUGGUAUCGAACAGGGCGAGGCGCUUCAGCUCACAUCAAAUCAACCGCUGGAAGGCGACAAAAACGCCACUGGAUUCACCUCCCUACAACUCGACUAUACCGUUCCCUUCCCGGUGUCUCUUGUUAUCAGCAGGAAGACAAUAUGGCGUUAUCAGGCUUUGUUCCGCUACCUUCUCUCACUACGUUACCUCGAGACCCAACUCUCGGUGACGUGGUAUACCCACGCAAGCGGCACGGCUUGGACACACCGUUCAUCCAACCGCAUGUUGGAGAUAUGGAAGCGAAGGGUAUGGACACUAAGAGCUCGUAUGCUUGUAUUCGUUCAGCAGCUGCUUUAUUUUUGCACUGCCGAGGUAAUCGAGCCGAACUGGCAAAAGCUGAUGAACACGCUGCGCGAGAUCGAAAACAACUGUGCUGGUGUGACCACACAAGACGGCACCUCUACGCCUAGGGCAUCAUCUUCCAAGAAGCCGCAUACCGUCGAUGGGCUGAUGCAGGAACAUGUGGAUUUCUUGGACACUUGCUUGAAGGAGUGCAUGUUAACGAACAGCAAGUUGUUAAGGAUCCACUCCAAACUAAUGCAAACUUGCUCCAUCUUCGCCACCUACACCAACUGGCUCUCACGGGAGCUCGAAAAGUCGGAUCCAGACCUAACAGGCAACACCAAACCACCCAACAUGACGGACGACCAAUGGCGACAAUUCCUCGUUAUCCGGGGACAACGACAGCAACAGCAAUCGUCAUCAACAUCAAAAGACGGAGACACAAACAUGGAAAACGACAAAAACCCAGAGACGAGGAUGAACGAGCUCUUCGAUGUGAUACGCAAGUGGGAAAGCAACUUUAGUCGACACCUGCAGAUCCUGCUGGACGCGCUGAAUCACUAUGCGGCGACGGAGACGGUGGUGUUGUUGAGUCUUUGUGCGCGCUUGAGCACGGCUAAUCAGGGGACCGAGUAUGCUGGGUUGAGGAGUGAGGAGGAGGGGCAUGGUGGGGGGUCAUGAUGAUGCCUGGGAAUAGAUAUGGUGUAGGAAGGACUAUGAUGACGGACGGGGGUGAGAGAGGUGG